CACGCCCUGCAAGGCAGGUAUUCGUUACAGUAUGGAUGUCAGUGUGGAUGAAGUGAAAGCCUUAGCAUCUCUCAUGACGUAUAAAUGUGCUGUGGUUGAUGUGCCAUUUGGUGGGGCAAAGGCUGGUGUCAAGAUCAAUCCCAAGAACUACACAGACAAUGAAUUGGAAAAGAUCACGAGAAGGUUUACCAUGGAGCUGGCAAAAAAGGGAUUUAUUGGACCUGGUGUGGAUGUGCCUGCUCCUGAUAUGAGCACAGGGGAAAGGGAGAUGUCCUGGAUUGCCGACACUUAUGCCAGUACCAUAGGACACUAUGACAUUAAUGCCCACGCAUGUGUAACUGGUAAACCCAUCAGCCAGGGUGGGAUCCAUGGACGUAUAUCUGCAACUGGUCGUGGUGUCUUCCAUGGAAUUGAAAAUUUCAUCAAUGAAGCAUCAUAUAUGAGUUUAUUAGGAAUGACUCCUGGAUUUGGAGAUAAAACAUUUGCUGUUCAGGGAUUUGGUAACGUGGGCUUGCAUUCCAUGAGGUACUUGCAUCGUUAUGGAGCAAAAUGUGUCGCUGUCGGGGAGUUUAACGGUUCUAUCUGGAAUCCUGAUGGGAUUGACCCAAAGGAACUAGAAGAUUUCAAAUUGCAACACGGGACAAUCAUGGGCUUCCCUAAAGCAAAGCCACUCGAGGGCAGUAUUCUGGAAACAGACUGUGACAUUCUCAUCCCUGCUGCCAGUGAGAAACAGUUGACUAAGGCCAAUGCUCACAAGGUUAAAGCAAAAAUUAUUGCUGAAGGUGCCAAUGGGCCUACGACUCCUGAAGCUGACAAAAUCUUCUUGGAGCGGAAUAUUAUGGUUAUCCCUGAUCUUUACCUGAACGCUGGUGGUGUAACAGUAUCCUAUUUUGAAUGGCUGAAAAACUUGAACCACGUCAGUUAUGGCCGUUUGACUUUCAAAUAUGAACGGGAUUCAAACUACCACUUGCUCAUGUCUGUCCAGGAAAGCUUGGAAAGAAAAUUCGGGAAACAUGGGGGAACUAUUCCAGUUGUGCCUACAGCAGAAUUUCAGGAUAGGAUAUCGGGUGCAUCUGAGAAAGACAUUGUCCACUCUGGGUUGGCUUAUACAAUGGAGCGUUCUGCCCGGCAAAUCAUGCGUACUGCCAUGACAUACAACCUGGGUCUGGACCUGAGAACAGCUGCCUAUGUCAAUGCAAUUGAGAAAGUCUUCAAAGUGUACAAUGAGGCUGGUUUGACCUUUACAUAAACAGGCCAUGACCGCUCCUUGUUGUAUCCCACCCCUCUCGCUGUUAAUGUACCCUCUUCUUGAGAAAGCUUAUCACAAGUUUACAUGUAACCACAAAAUUUUCUUUUCUUCUGACAUUAUAGUGGAUUCUAUUCUCAAUUAGUUUCAGUUCCGAACUAGUCUUUUUUACAAUAAAAAUCCAUGGAUUAGGAAAUUGUAUACAAGUAUGUAUCUGAAGAUAACAGUUCAUCUGCACUUGUGGGGGCCAUUCUGGGUAUUUCGCCUACAAAACAAAAUGGUACAUUUUAUAUAUGGAAGAGUGGUCUUGCCACCUGAGCCACUUCUCAGACUUCAGAUCAGAUACUGUACUAUAUGAGCACUUAGCUCAUUAUUACUUCAUGCACUUUUGUUUAAUGACGUAAUUUUGGCUUCAGCACUUUCAGUAAGGCCUUGUAUGAUCAAUGCUGUGGCAUUGUCAAAGGAAGAACGGGCCUCCAGCAGGGAUUAACUUUGAUAGGAGUCUAGUUUUUGUUUGUAGUAAAGCUUCAGGCCUGAUUCUCUUUAGGCAAUAUUUUUUCUUUAACUGUGCUGCUGUUACAGGACUGCCUUUUAUCGCUUGUUCAAGCUAGUUUGACUGUCAUCAUGACGUAUGUAGCGCCGACAGACUAAUAUUUUUAUAAGCUGAAACUAUCAAGCAACUCUAGUUAUGUUUUUAAUCAAGUAUCUACAUAAUUCUGACUAUAGGUCAUUUCCUUUUUUUAAAAAAAGGGAUAUUCUGGAUUUGGUAAGCAAUCAUACUUAGGUUUUUUGGAAUUCUUUUUCAGUCUUUCCUUUCAGAGGCUUUCUGAAAAUUGGAUACUGCCUCAAUGAACAACUGAAGUGAAACUGAACCCAGAAAUCAUUGGCCAAACCACAGAGGAGCUAAGAUGCUGCUAUAAACUUAAUCCACUGUCUUAACACACAUGGCCUUUUUUUUUUUUGGUCAUAAGGAGGUCUUGAAAAUUUUGAACAUCUUGGAGUUCAACAAAAUGGACCUCAACCAAAUAUUGUGGAUCAAGCACAGGUUUUGAAGUGUAAGGCUUUUGUCCCGUGGAGUCCCCUUGAAGUGCCAGAUGUUAUUUAUGUAAUGAAUAUGAAUGUUUUUUUUAAAAAGACAACUAGUCCCUCCCAGAAACUCAUGCUUUUUUCCUAACUACUUUGUAACUGCAUGACAUAACCUGGAGAGAGAGCAGUUAUUAAAAAAAGUUGACCUUUCCAAACCUA